AUGACCGACAAAGACAGGAUCCAGUGGACCUUUCCGACGGGGAGGAGGUUUCCCCAGCCAAAGCGAGGAGGAGCCAACAACAAUCGAAGAUAUUAUUAUGUGUUACCAAAGGUCCCAACAGGGAAGGAUCGGCCAGCUUCAGGGAUCGGCAACUGGUUACCGACGUUGAUUACCAAAGGAAGGAGUUACAGAGAGUUGAAGGAAGGUAUGAAGGAGGGGGUAUUGGUUACCACGACGGACAGGGAACCAGUCACGUGGGAGGAUGUUUUGGAUAGUGUCGUGCAGCAGUGUAUAAAGACGGAUAAGGAUCGGACGAAUGAUAGCAAGCAGGACAGGUAUCUGGGUCCUUCUGAGAGGAGGCACUGGAAGUCUAUGAUGAACCAAAGCGACGAGAUACAGUGUGAGGAGGACAGUAUAUGCCAGAAGAUGUUGUUUCUAGUUGGUUGUAUAAUUUACUGGUUAUGGGGGGGAGAUGACAGAUUAGUGACCAAAUUGGACGAAACCGAACGAGCAUGCGGAAGCAUAAAGCAGAGAUUCCUAAGAACAGGCCCCCGAAGCAGAGUAGCAGUAGAACAUGGAUGGAAGAUCGUGAGGGAGCCGUACAAUGUCUGCCAAGCACAAGAUCACUACGCAGAGUGCCAGUUCGAGGCGUUAGGGAUAGUAGUGAGUGUAGCGAGGUCUCUGAGGACCCUAUGCCCCAACUGCCCAAACCCAGGAUUAGAGCAGAUUUUCAGCGACCUCGUGCCCCUGGCCACCGGCCAGCAACUGUUCUGUACAAGGAAGAAGACAGAAGGAGAGGUAUGCAUAAUACACAGCGAACCUGAGGACCCAUUCCUAGAAAUCAUGCAAAAAGAAGAUCAACCCCCCCCGCAAUCCGGAACUCGCGAAGUCGAGAGUCGAGCACAGCAAGAGACAACAGCUGCCCCCAACCUGGGGAACCCGAAACAGCACGACCAGACUGAACACUCGGAAAGUGACAGACCAAGGAAUGUCAAAGAUGACGAAGCAGAGGAACGAGGAGUUGACACCCCAACUAAAUCACCAAUUACAGAAGAGUCUUCAGAACCCAGGACGGAGCAGCUUAUAGAAUCCACGGAGCAAGGAAAAGAAUCACCGACAUCCAACAACUCAGAACAAACCGAUAAUGGAAGGAAAGGUGACCCAAAGGAAGAAGUCUCACGGGAGCCGGAUCAAGCCUGGGAGGCCCAAGGACCUGAGGCGGAUUCCAUAACAGCAUCAAAUUACGAAGCGUCCAAGGAAAAGAUAGAAAACGAGAAGACAGAGAGGGCAGGAGCAAAAUUAAGCGACGCAGGAUCCGCUAGACCAGCCCUAGGGUGGGGUGGGGCGAUAGGUAUAGGGAUUAGCAUUGCUGUGAUGUUCAUUAGUUCAGCUUAUGGUAUAUAUCGGAUAUAUGGGAAUGUCAACUCGGGAUUCACGAACAGGAGUAAGUCAAGAAGGAGAAAGAUCGUCUUUGAGUUCUCUGACAAGGAGAACGAAGUCGACGAAGGAAUUUAUCAAGCAUGUCCAAAGAACAAUGAGAAGUCAAAAGAGAGGAAUAAGCGUUGGAGGAGGAGACGGAUCUCCCCGAGAACCGACCCAAAGCGGAGUUCAUUUAAGAGUACCAAACAAGCAGAAUCGCGAAUUCCGAACUUCUUUAAACACGGAGCAAGAGAGACCGACAACUCCAGGAACUCCGGGAACAGUGCACUUCUCAAGGUUUCCACUGCUAAGACGAGAACCCUCUAG